UGCCGUUGCUAUUGCUGCUGUUGCUGCUGCUCUCUGGCCCCUGCUGCCGACGGGUUACUGCAGCCGCGUCCCUGUGCGUUUAAAAAAGAAAAGAAAAGAGUGAGCAACUCGCUCUAGCGAAGUUGGGGCGGCAGCAGGGAGACAACAGGACACCCGGCGGCGGCGGACAGGGGAGGAAGGAGAGACAUUUGCCCCACACAAGUAGAAUCAUUUGGAAUUUGAAGGCACUUGAGAUGAAAUAUUUCCAGUGACACCCAGAACAUGUGCGGAAGAGCCUGACUUCAACGGCAGCUCCUUUGCCAGUACCACCAUCCAGGCCUUGUUAGAAAGAAAAGCAAGAAAGAGACAUUCCAAGGCCUCCCUUUGCAGCCAUACAUAUAAUCUCUGAUUCAUAUGCACUCCAGUACCCCUAUCAGUUCUUUGUUCUCCUUCACCAGCCCAGCUGUGAAGAGGCUGCUGGGCUGGAAGCAAGGAGAUGAAGAGGAGAAGUGGGCAGAAAAGGCGGUUGAUUCCUUGGUAAAGAAGCUGAAGAAAAAGAAGGGUGCCAUGGAGGAACUGGAGAGGGCGCUGAGCUGUCCUGGGCAGCCCAGCAAGUGUGUUACGAUUCCACGCUCCUUGGAUGGGAGAUUGCAGGUGUCUCAUCGCAAAGGUCUGCCACACGUCAUUUACUGCAGAGUGUGGCGUUGGCCUGAUUUACAAUCUCACCAUGAACUAAAACCCCUGGAAUGUUGUGAGUUCCCAUUUGGCUCAAAGCAGAAGGAAGUGUGCAUUAAUCCUUACCAUUACCGGCGUGUGGAAACUCCAGUGCUGCCUCCGGUACUGGUUCCAAGACACAGCGAAUUCAAUCCACACCUCAGCCUCCUUGCCAAAUUCCGGAACACAUCCCUUCACAGUGAGCCACUGAUGCCACACAAUGCAACCUACCCUGAUUCUUUCCAACAGCCUUCCUGCACCCCAUUUCCAGCAUCACCCAACAUGUUUGCUCAGUCACCUAGCAGCAUGAGCUACCCUGACUCCCCAGGAAGUUCUUCUGCACCAGAAAGUCCCUAUCAGCUCACAGUUGAAACUCCUCCUCCACCUUACAAUCCAAGAGAUACACAAGGAAACCACAAUGGACGUCCUGUACAUGCAGAUAGUCAGUUAGUGCUGUCAUUGCCCAAUGGAGGUAAAUCUGCUGAUGAAGAGCCUGAAAACUUCCGUCCCGUUUGUUACGAGGAACCACAGCACUGGUGCUCAGUAGCAUACUAUGAACUCAAUAAUCGAGUAGGGGAGACCUUUCAAGCCUCUUCUCGAAGUAUACUUAUAGAUGGCUUUACAGAUCCCUCAAACAAUAAGAACAGGUUCUGCCUUGGACUCCUCUCCAAUGUAAACAGAAAUUCUACUAUAGAAAACACCAGAAGACACAUAGGAAAGGGUGUUCACCUCUAUUAUGUUGGCGGAGAGGUAUAUGCAGAGUGUGUGAGCGACAGCAGCAUCUUUGUACAGAGCCGCAACUGCAACUAUCAGCAUGGCUUCCACCCGGCCACUGUCUGCAAGAUCCCCAGCGGCUGCAGCUUGAAGAUUUUCAACAACCAGCUCUUUGCCCAGUUGCUUGCCCAGUCAGUGAACCAUGGUUUUGAGGUGGUCUAUGAGCUGACCAAGAUGUGUACCAUCCGGAUGAGCUUUGUUAAAGGUUGGGGAGCAGAGUAUCAUCGCCAGGAUGUUACAAGUACUCCAUGCUGGAUUGAGAUUCACCUGCAUGGACCGUUGCAAUGGCUAGAUAAGGUGCUGACACAAAUGGGCUCCCCUCAUAACCCCAUCUCCUCGGUAUCGUAAUCAUCUCUCCAAAUUGCCUGUGGGACAAAUGCUGUUGCAGGCAGUGGCUCGAAGAAUUCUCACCCUGCAACCAACCUAACAUUCUGUAUGUAGCUGUAAAUAUAUGGAUGUGUAUAUACAUAGCCAAUUAUCAGUGCCCCCAUCCCCAUGCUGUACUUUGUGGUUAUUAGUUAAUAUGAUGUUAGUAUGAUCCAUUGUGUUGCCAUAGAAAUUUGGGCUUAGCAGACCCAUUUCUGGGUGUAGAAUAAGUCCCAUGCUAUGUGUGCAAAAAUAAAGAGCAAAACAAAAUUAUGCAAGGAAAGCUCAGUUCUGCCACCUCCAUACAUUUUGCAAAGCAAAUAACUUGACAUGCGAGAUCAUAAGAAUUUCUUACUAGAUGGGGCCAAGUUCCCUCUUGCUAACAUUUUGUUCCCAACCACCACCAAACAAAUGCCCCUGGAAGUUCGCAAGCCUUGAAUCAGUGCUCCAAGGAGGGCCCUUACUGAAACCUACAAGACCUUUCCCCUGACUCUUUUCCAUUUUUGACCAAUCAUAGGGCCCCCUGGAGCCUCCUAAAAACAGUAGUUGAGAGUAAGGCUGCUCUCAGCUACUGUUGAAAAAGAACAGAACUACUGUUGAAAAUGGAAAGGAGGACAGGUCUCCUGUAUUUGUAAGAUAUGCACAGAAGAGGGAAUUUCAGCAGGCGCAGCCCACCCACUCCAAGCCCAAUAAUAAGCUGCACUUGCUAACAUAUUCCCUCUUCUGUGCAUCUCUUAAAGGUUUAGGAGACCUGUUCUCUUUUCCAUAUGGCAGCCCUAGUUGAGGGGCCAUUACAAAAGCUAAGGGGACUGGACCCUUCUUCCCCUGUGACGCAAUAAUUCAACCACUGCAUUGUAUAAAGGCUUUGGCCUCCCACUACCCUUAUGGUUUCUAUCAAGUGGUACGCAAAGGAUGCUGCUUCUGACCAUGAAGGUCCCAUUUUGCUAUCAUGGCUAAUGGCAUUGAAAGGUAUGUCCUCCAUAUAUUUGUCUGUUUGUCAAACUUUUUUUGUAGGAUAACUUAUUUUGUUUCUGUUAGUCAUGGAGGGGGGCAAAGCUGUGCUUAGCAAUGAAAUCCUUCCUUUGACCACUGGAAAUUGUGAUAAUUUCCCCCUUCCCUGGCCCCAGUUUCUGAGAUUUCAUCAGGAAUUGCUCAUAUAAUCUCAAGCUAAUCUUUGCAACUUUUAAGGUUUUAAAAAAGGAAAGGAAAGAUUGUGCUGU